UGUAGCUUAUAUAGACUCUACUGCGCCUGAUUCCGUUUUCUAGCCUAACAGCUGGCUUUAACAGCGAGCUCUCAGGAUGUUCAUCCAUUUGGACGUUUAUUAUUACAUUUUCAUCUUAAUGGUUCACAUGAAAUCGUGCUGCAGCUGGUCAGUGAAUAAUUUCCUGAUGACUGGCCCAAAAGCUUACCUGAUCUAUUCCAGUAGCGUAGCUGCAGGCGCUCAGAGUGGGAUUGAGGAAUGCAAGUAUCAGUUUGCGUGGGAGCGCUGGAACUGUCCAGAACGAGCCCUUCAGCUUUCCACCCACAGUGGUCUCAGAAGUGCAACUCGGGAGACGGCAUUUGUACAUGCCAUCAGUUCUGCUGGGGUUAUGUACACUCUCACAAGGAACUGCAGCUUGGGUGACUUUGAUAAUUGUGGCUGUGAUGACACCAGGAACGGUCAACGAGGUGGUCAAGGCUGGUUGUGGGGAGGCUGCAGUGAUAAUGUGGGCUUUGGUGAGGCCAUCUCUAAACAGUUUGUGGAUGCAUUAGAAACUGGGCAGGAUGCACGUGCUGCCAUGAACCUGCACAACAAUGAAGCUGGACGCAAGGCUGUGAAAGGGACCAUGCAAAGGACGUGUAAAUGCCAUGGUGUAUCCGGCAGCUGCACCACCCAGACCUGCUGGCUUCAGUUGCCUGAAUUUCGAGAAGUGGGCAACUACCUAAAAGAGAAGUACUAUCGUGCCAUUAAGGUGGACCUCCUGCGUGGUGCAGGUAACAGUGCAGCCAGUCGCGGGGCUGUCACUGAGACAUUCAGCUCCAUCUCUCGCAAGGAGCUGGUGCACCUGGAGGAUUCUCCUGAUUACUGCGUUGAGAACCGUACCCUAGGCCUUCCAGGCACAGAAGGCCGUGAGUGCUUGAAAAAGGGCAAAAAUCUGAGUAAGUGGGAGAAACGUAGCUGCAAGCGACUAUGCAGUGACUGUGGCCUGGCUGUGGAGGAACGCAGGGCAGAGACUGUAUCCAGCUGCAACUGCAAAUUCCACUGGUGUUGUGCGGUGAAAUGUGAGCAAUGCCGCAAGACUGUCACCAAGUACUAUUGUGUGCGAGCCAAGCAGGUUAAGAACGAUAGCGCAAGUCGAGGGAAAAGUCUCCGUUUAAAGAAGAAGCACUAAAGUGUUUUUUUAAGGAUUAAAAAUGACAGUGUAAUCUUUAAUAUAUUCAACCUGAGUUUUGACUUAGCAAUUAAAAACACUGACAUUGAAAAAGAACACAUACAAUACACAAACAAAUAAUAAAUAUCAAAUAUUAAAUAGCACUGAAAACUAUAUUUAAUCAUAAAAUAGGGUUCACUAGACUAUGAAUGAGACAUUCUUUAAAAAAGAAUGUCUCCCAGAAUUCCAGCACCAGAACUUUAUCUCAGUAUUCUUGCUAUUAUAUUACAUCUGAAUCUGAAAAGAAAAAACACCAACAAUUACAUGUUAUGGUGUUGUCUUAUGGGGAUAAUAAUCACACUCUCUGUAAAUGAUCUGUAAAUAAGAUGAAGCACUUUGUAUAUUGUUAAUUUAUUUCAUAUAUGUAGUAGUGUUUUGCUGGAUAGUUUUUUGUUUAUUUCAUAUUAUGUCCCGUAACGUUUACGAUUAAAGAUAUGUAAUGUGUCUUUUCAUAAUUCAUAACUUUUUAAAAAUGAUUAUUAAUUGGUAAGUAUGUACUAUAUAAAUAGGAAUGGUACGCUCAUGUAUUUGGUCACAAAAACUGGUUCAUAGUGGUUAGGGGUAAUCUGGUAAAUCUUGAAUCUACCUAAAAAUAUCAAAUUGAAUACUCCAUACAGAUCCAGAGUACAUACAUGUAUACAUUGCUAAUUUUUUAUUUAAACUGUUCCUAUAUAAUUACUUACUACUAUAGAUUUUUUUUUUACCAGGAUUGCAUAUUUUAAGCAUGCCAUGUAGACUAGCUAAUUCUUUUUUGGAUUUAGUAUCAGAUAACCCUGGGGCAACGUAACAAUGAGAAAAAAGUUUUAAUUAUAGUCUUCCUUCCUUCACACCUCUCUCAAUUUCUUCUAUUCAAAUGCCCUUUUUUUCUAUCUAAGUAAUCCUCAAAGAGCUCCCAACGCCUUGGCACUUGGAUGUUUCUUUACUGUUUAAUACUGGUUUAAUUAACUUUGUCGAGACAGAGGGAAAACAUGGACCAAGUCGCCCCUCAAAUUAUCUUGCUUCUAAUUUUGUAUGCUAAUCUCCUUUUCACGCCAUCAUCUUGGGGGAAAAAAUGUUGGGAAACUUCAUGUGGCCUGUAUUGGGCUUCCUGUGGAUGUUUUAUUCCAAGCCCACCUAUUUGGCUCCUUUCACUCCUCUAGGGCCUUCCUUUGCUCGAUUUAACAAUGAAUGGCGAGCUAAUCAGCUCCCUCGGUAAUGCACCACUGCUGAAGAAGCUAAUCCCUCUCUCCUCCUCCUUCAAUGGCCUGUUGCCUUCAAAGGGACUUUGGGAAAAGGCUUUGCAUGGAUUCACACUAUUUGAUGAAUAGAAGUUAGUUCAAGUAUUGUACCUAGACAAGGAGGGUUCAUAAACAAAUACUUGCCAGCUUCCAUCCCACCUGCAGAAGUGCCAGCCCUACUGUAGCAUGCAAUGACAAAAAACUGAGGCUCAGCAAAAGUGAUAUCCGAUUAAAAAGCCUAAUUAAAUCUACACUAAGUGAUGAAUUAAUGCAUGUAAAGCACAGUCUGCUUUACUUAGAGUCUUGUCAUUGGAGCACCUUGCUGAUCUUAUUUGCAUCCUCUUGCCUCCAGCUGAUUUAGGAUUCCUCCUGUCCAAGUUAAAUUUAGUCACCUGAAUAAAUUAUGAAUGAAUUAAUGUUUUAUCAGUUCACUUGUCUGCAAGGUUUUUUUUUAUUAUUAUUAUUUUUAUAAUAUUAGGUCUAUUAAAAUAAGUUAUUAAAUGUGUUUGCUAUUUAGGGUCAUUAAAGAAAUCAAAUUAAAACACCAUCAUUAGAAAGCUUUUAAACAUGUAAAAUAAAAUAUUUCAAUUAAAAUGAUGUUGCAUUACGUAGGCAGAAUAUAAAAAAAAAACACAAAUGUAAUGACAUCACAUCUUUGUCUUCACAACUAUACAUUAAAGCUGCUUAGCUUGGUAUUUAAUGGUUAAAUGGUGUGAGUUCAGUAAAUGUACCUUUAUUGCUAAACCUAAUUUCUACUUUGGGUGUGUCUUGCCACUUGUGAUUUGCAGUGUGACACUUUAUAGGAUGUUUCCACAUAACAAAAUUAGGAGCUGUGCAUGCAUCUAGGUCUAAAUUUCCUCACGUGGUUCAGAAAAACAGUGUGCAUUUCCAAAAUCACUGAACCAUUAAUCAUUCUUUGUGACUUCUUCUAUGUUUCUGGGACACAGGCUAAUAUACUGUAUUUGUGCCAC